AGUGCAGUAAAUGCUGAGCUCAGACAGAAAGAGACAGCCAGGGCAGAGAGAGACCCCAGAGCAGAGACAUUAGACAGACCCAGCCGGCUGAGGGAACUUAUUAGGUGGCUAGCCAGAUGGGAUUUAAAGUUAGCCGGGCGGCUAGCGGGUGAGAUUUGGAAGUAGUUGGACAGAGCCAGGUGAGAGUCUUACACGGACGGCUAGCCAGGUGAGAGUUGUAGUUAGACAGACAGCCAGGUGAGCGGGUAAGUGAGGGUGAAUCUCCCCAGCGAUGUCUCAUGACACGGGCUGUGAGACCCCCGCAUUUAGCAGCCCCCCACCGCACACAGUCUAUGUUCUUGUUGGCUCCAGCGCUGACAGCAUCCAGCUGCUCAGUCUGAGUCCUCUCCUCCCUGAGUCCGGGAUCGUGGAAGACAUUGACGUGGAGCAGGCUCUGGUUCCCAGUGAAGACCAGUUCUACCAGUUAAAGAGUCAGCCCAUUCCUGCAAGUCAGAGCUCCACAGAAGCCCCUGUGGUACCCCUUCAGACUCCCGGCACCAUGACAUCGCGGGUCCUGCUACGCCAGCAGCUCAUGAGGGCUCAAGCGCAAGAACAGGAGCGCAGGGAGCAGGAGCAGCAAGCAGCCCACAUUCUGGUAGAACGCAGCCAUGUCACGCCAGCCACGCCGGCCAUCAGCGUCAACCCUGCCAGCCGCCCCACCCCGGCACAGGUGCCCCUGGAGGUCCUAAAGGUGCAAACUCACCUGGAAAACCCAACCAGAUACCACAUCCAGCAGUCCCAGCGGCAGCAGGUCAAGCAGUAUCUCUCCACCACCCUGGGGGGCAAGCUGGCAGUUCACGCCUCUGCUCCAGGUGCCACAACCUCGGCCACGUCCCCCCAGCCUGAGCAGGCUCUCAUCACGUCUGCCAUCAGCGCCCCGAACAGCCCUCUGGCCAUGCUCAAAAUUGGCUCCAACUCCGAAAAAGAGAUUGAUGAUGUCAUUGAUGAGAUCAUAAGCCUAGAAUCUAGCUUCAAUGACGAAAUGAUGGGAUUUGUGGACCAGAGCCACCUACCCAGCACACUGCCUGGGAAUCUCCUGGAUGGUUACUGCACCCACGGGAUUUCGGCUCCCACCAUCACCGUGAGCAACUCCUGCCCGGCUGACCUGCCCAACAUAAAGACGGAGUACACAGAUCAAGACACCAAAGUGUUAAACAAAGAGAGACAGAAGAAGGACAACCACAACCUAAUUGAACGUCGAAGAAGAUUUAACAUUAAUGACAGAAUAAAGGAGCUGGGGACACUAAUCCCAAAAUCUAGUGACCCGGAGGUGCGCUGGAAUAAAGGAACCAUCCUAAAGGCGUCCGUAGAAUACAUCCGGAAACUUCAAAAAGAGCAGCAGCGCGCCCGUGAAAUGGAGGGCAGGCAGCGGAAGCUGGAGCACGUCAACCAGAGCCUGAUGCUGCGUGUACAGGAGCUGGAGAUGCAGGCUCAGAUGCAUGGACUCGCCGCCACUCCUUCCAUCGCUUCAGACGCUCCCAAGACGCAGUCCACGGCUGGAGACAUGGAGAGCUUCUUCACCCAGCUGUCUCAGUCUCUCAACCCCUCGGCGUUAGAACUGGAGACAUCCCACUUCUCAGACCCUCUGAGUGACCUGGUUGACAGCAGCCUGAGUUUCCAUGUGAGCUUGACAGGGGACUCGGCCAUUGAGGACAUUCUUAUGGACGAUGCCCUGUCCCCAAUGGGGAGAGCCGACCCUCUACUCUCCUCUGUCUCUCCCGUGGCCUCCAAAGCCAGCAGUCCACACAGUAAUUUCAGCAUGGAGGAAGAUUCCUGACUCGGCUUUGAAAGGCCUAAAAUAAAUGGACUCAGAAAUAAUUCUCACCAAAUCUCCUCCCGGAGAUAACCUCAUGAAACCGACGAAGAAGCAGAAUCCCGCCACGAUGACACAAACUUCCCUCUCUGCCACGCAAUGGGCUUCUCAUCUAAGUGAACCCAGCUUACCCACCCGUGGACACUGCGAGUGCUGAUGAGCAGCGAGGGCCGGAGAGGUUAUUCCACGUGGCAGUAACAAAAUUCUUACAAACACGGGGCACGUGUCAUACGAUGCAACCACAGAACCAGCCAUGGAUGGUCUGUGCGGACACGUAGCACUGAUAUGUACCAGAAGGCGGUUACAUAAUUGGCGAGGCCCAGUUAGGUAACCAAACACUCCUUGUUAUCCUUCAUACAUGAUCUUCCGUAACCAUCAGCUGACGCCUUGGCAUGAAUCGCGUGUGCCAUGGUGCUUCCCUAAAGGGAUCCUAACACGUGUCACAGCGGGAGCCACUGAACACCAAGAAAACUGGCCAUUUGUAGCUCUGGGGCAUAGACUUUUCCUCAUGUUCACAGAUGGAUGUCCCUCAGUGACACCGUU